AUGUCCUAUAACCAUCAACCACAGCUUUCGGUCAACUCGAUCCAAUCGUUGGUGGAGCCGGUGACCCCGCCCCCGCUUGGUCAGAUGAAUAGUAAGAGGCACCAUCAGAAGACCCAGUCACUAGAUCUUUCCGAAUUCAAUCAAUUCAUGUCAUCGGGCCAGUCCCCGGUGGCUAUGAUGAAGACUUUCUCUCCCAAUGCAGCUAGUACCAAUAAUACAUCUUCAAAUUUGCCUUUGAUCAAUGAGUUUGACACAGUCUUCGAUCAUUGCAAUACAAAUGCGAACUCAACUAACACUACAUCGGCUUCAUCGCUAAGGAAUGUCUCUAUUACUUCGAAUGAUCAAGGCAUGUCAAAUAACCCUCCUAUGUUGGAGAUAACUUCGCUGCCUCUAGAGGAGUUGGACUACGUUAAAUUGGCUACAGAUCAGUUUGGUUGUCGAUUUUUGCAGAAGAAGCUUGAGUCACCAACAGAAUCUAAUAUCGUGCGCGAUUUGAUGUAUGAUCAAAUCAAACCAUUCUUCCUGGAUUUGAUUUUAGACUCAUUCGGCAAUUACCUGAUUCAAAAGCUCUGCGAAUAUCUUACUGUCGAACAGAAGACGGUGCUAAUUCAAUCAAUAUACCCAAACCUUUUUCAAAUCUCUAUCAAUCAGUAUGGUACCAGAUCGUUGCAAAAGAUCAUUGAUACUAUGGAUAACGAAAACCAAAUUGAUUUGAUCAUAAAAGGCUUUUCACAAGAGCACACCUCUAUAGAUCAGGUCGUGACUUUGAUCAACGAUUUGAACGGUAACCAUGUGAUUCAAAAAUGUAUCUUUAAAUUCCCACCUUCGAAAUUCAGUUUUAUUAUUGACGCUAUUGUCGAUCAGAACAACAUUAUCACCAUAUCGACUCACAAGCAUGGUUGUUGUGUUCUGCAAAAAUUGUUGAGCGUUUGUACUUUACAACAAAUUUUCAAGAUUUCCGUGAAGAUCAUCCAGUUCUUACCAGGUCUGAUCAACGAUCAAUUUGGUAACUAUAUUAUUCAAUUUCUACUGGACAUCAAAGAACUGGAUUUCUAUCUUUUGGGAGAAAUUUUCAACAGAUUGUCAAAUGAACUUUGCCAGUUAUCAUGUCUCAAAUUCUCAUCCAACGUUGUGGAAAAAUAUAUCAAGAAGUUGUUCCGUGUAAUCAUGGCUGCUGUCCCAAAAAAUAAGCAUGACGUUGCCUCAGAUAUCAAUGACGAUGUGGUGUCAGCUGUCAUGCGCAUUUUGCUCACCAUAAUUGACAUUUUCACACUCAACUUGAAUGUACUGAUCAGAGACAAUUUCGGGAAUUAUGCUUUGCAAACGUUACUUGAUGUCAAGAAUUACUCUCAGAUCUUAGAGCAUCCUGGCAACACCAUCGUAACUCAUGGCAAGCUCGCCAUGUUCAGUCAUGACUUUACCACUAAGAUUGGACAUCUAGUCAUUUUGACAAAAGAGUUUUUACCAAGUAUUAAAACUACUUCGUAUGCUAAAAAGAUCAAGUUGAAAGUGAAAUCUUAUGCCGAAUUGACCGGCAUUCAAUUUACAGAUCUCUCUCCAAAGAGAAAUUCUAACGGAGGAAGCAACAACGGUAAUCACAAUAAUCAUAGUGACAACCAUUUCCACCAUUAUAACCACAAAAAUCAUAGUAACAAGAAUGGUACAGAAAUGUAUCAAAAACAGCAUGCUCGCCAUUUUUCAUUGCCUGCUAACGCGUAUCAUAGGAGAAGUAGUAGCUCUGUUUCGUUGCCAUACGCUGUUUAUCAGCAGCAGGGAUUACAACAGGGACCGCAACAAGCUCAAAACACCUUGAAUGCUGCUCCUGAUGGUAUGAAUAUAAAUGAGAUGAAUUAUCAACAACCUCAAUUCUUCGCGCAGAAUCCACCUAUGACGCAGGGUUUUCCUCCACAGCAGCAAUUCAUCAGCGCACCAUUACCUAAGCCUAACUCAAAUCCAAACUUGCUACCAUCACAACAACCGUUGCUUGCAAUGGGUUUCUCCAACGAAGGUAAUAGCAACAGCAGCAGCAGCACUAACCUUUUCCAAAACAGCGUUGGCGAUCCAAUGAUGGUGAACAACUUUGCAUUUUCAACAAAUUCCCAGUGUAGUUUACGAGACCCCAAUUUUUCUCAGCAAAGAGUUGUCAAUAACUCCUACCCACUUCAACCACCUCAGUUGCAACAUCAACCCAAUUUCAUGGAGAAUAAUUAUCUUGCUGCUCCAAUGUACAUGGACGGUACUCAAAGUGAAUUCGUACAGAGCGGUAAGCAUAAUUUCGGUUUCAGUUAG